AUGGGUUACUCGACACCUUCAAAUGAGGAAGAUUCAUUAUCUUCAGCCGAACUUGCAGAACCACAAGCCACUGAACAUAGCUCAUCUCUUGGUACUGAAUCGUCACAUCGUCAACAAAUGAUGAAACAUGAUCCUAUUCUUUCACCAGCUGGACAAUUUGUCACACCACCAGAACAGUAUGAAGAAAUUCCUUUUCAUAGAUACAGCGAAGAAAGUAAUCCUUAUUUCUUGGAUGAUUUAGAUGAGCUAACAAGCAAAAAACAGAUUUCAGAAUUACAGAAAACACUGGAGAAAAUGCAAGCAUCAAUUCCACUUCGCCGUGUCAAUGAAAUUGAAAAGGCACUUGAAAGAUUACAGGCCGAGGUUUCUGCUUCACAUGAGAGAAUAGAAGGUUUAAAGAGAGAAAUGAUAGAGCGUGAGAAGAAGAGACGAAAAAGAAGUUGGAGUUGGCUGUUUUGGGUUGGUAGAUGA